AUGGCAUUCAUCAACUUUCCCAAGCAGAGAGAGGCCACGGACAAAGAAGUUGGUGUGCUGAAAUCAGUCAUUAAAUGCAUUGAGGAUUACAAUCUUGAAUCUAAGUAUCCAAAGGAGAUCCUUGUAAAGCGCAUCGAAGAACUAGAGAUGGAGCAGACCAACAGGAAAUGCCCUGCAGCAGUCCCUACUCCCCAGCCUUGGCAGCAGUCAAAACCACAAAAAUGCAGUGGAAGCAAGCAUUCUCGGACUACUAGUCCAGCUACAAUGCCACAGAGUGUAGCAGGUUUGUUGCCAGAUUGUCAUGCUCCAUACCUAAGUUCACGAGAUGGGCCUGACGGCUUGGCAGGCACCACUCCGGCCAUGGCCUUUCAUGCUGGGUCGUCUGCUGGCCCGUAUGGUUUUUCGGGAGCUCCUUUGGAUUUUAUACCUGGGAGUCUAACCCCUAUUGAAUCCAAUUUAGCUUCAGAGUCGCAUAUGCAAUCUGGUUAUUAUGAUCGGCCAAUUGUUUAUAAUGGACAUGGUUUGCCACCACAAUACAAUCUAUCUUACUAUCCUGAGUAGUUUGUUGCUCUUCCUUGUUUGUGUCGUAAAACUUUGGAGGGUACCUUAGCUAUUGCCCCGACUUUGCAGUUCCAGUCAUCGAAAACCUUACUGACCUUUUUUGAUCACCAUGAUUGUAGCACAGUGACCAGACUGGUCUUUGUUUAGAUUGUUAAAUUGUGUCUGUCUAGCAUCACAAUAGUAGCUUAUGGCACACAUCAUUCUAAAGCAAUCAUGAAUUGCCUCAUGUUUGGAAUUGAUUCUUCCAAGGGUUUUUGGGAAGGUGGAAACCACAAGGGAUUGAUACCCAUCCGUUUUCCUUUCAAUUCUUUCUUCUUCUUUUUUUCCCUUUAUGUCUAACGGCAUCCUUUUUGGAGGUGUAGUUAUGAUGCUACUGUUACCACUUUCCCACCUUACCCAACUCCUUAAAAAAGGAUGCUUUUACCACCAUAUAUGAGACAAUUAGUCAAUCUUUGGUGGUGAGUCCAUUUUUCUUCAUUUUUAUUGUAUAUCCUUAUGGAAUGAUUUUGGUAUCUAAUUACGACACUAGACGGUAUUCAUUUUUCUUGUGGUUUUCUGGUUUCUAAGCUCCCUUCAUCUUCUUCUUCUUCUUUUUUGUUAUGUUUGUUUUGGCUCCUUUAGACUUUGCAUUUGCCUGGAGUUCUGAGUUUUUUGUCUUUCGGGCUAAUCUGCCAUUAUAUUGUACUAGCUGCUGUGUUUGAUUUUCUUUAGGAGCUGUUCUUUGCAUCCCAUGCAAGUAGUCUAUUGCAGCUCCUUUUCUUCUUGUUAGGACUUCUUCACCCCGUUUAUGAGUACAUUAUCAUACUGGAGAUUCAGUUGCUGAGUGUUGAUUGAAGGGUUCCUUCAUGGUUCCAAAGAAAGUAUCAGUUGAUACUGAUACGACUCAGCGGAUUGUAUCCAGAAUGGCACCUUUUGUUUGGAGGUUGAUACAUAUUCCGUGUAAACCACGAGCCUUUUGAGAUUCGUGGUUUACUUAGAGCAGUGCGAAUGACUCAACCGAGUUGCCUAUGUCAUCAUCAUCGAAUAACAACAUAUCAUCCGACGCCAUUUUGCGGCGCUGUGGUCUAAGAUAAAUCUCUCAAGUCCAAUUUCUUUUUCUAUAUAGCAUUUUAUGCGAAUAGCAUGAUACUAUUCUAUGGGGCCGCCAGUGCAUCCUCCAUGCCAAUUACCAAUACACCAAUCUUGAAUCAUGGCACCUUAUGUUGCAUUGAUUCUAUGUAAUUUUGCCGGAACCAGUAAAGAAAGCUGCCCAUUUGGUAUCGGUUUACUAAAUGUGUGGGCUUGUAUUGCACAUAUGUAUGGGACAUGCACAUAUAUGCAAUGAAGUGCAGGUGGCAGCAUUCAGCACGGUGACCACUGCAGCAUACCCCUCCAGAAUCCUAAGUGCCCUCUUUUUGUGGUCAUUUGUUUCUUAGGUACCCGUCUGAAACUACAGUAGCAAUGAUUUGGGCCAAAUGCUCUUUUUUGGGGAAAACAAUGCCUAGUUCAAUGGCCAGAAUGCAGUGAUGGAGUUUAAUUGUUUGUAUUGGAUCCCAAAGAAAGCACUUUUUUUUUUUGUUUUUGUUUUCGCAAUAUUUCUGGCCGCCGCAUUAUUAUUUGGAUCCUAUUUUUUGUGUGCAAUAAUGAUUUUUGAAGAGAUUAGUGUAUACUCUGGUGAAAGUUUGGUAAUAUUGGUUAGAGCCUGUAGAACAAGUGAACAAGUCUGGCUGUUGAGGAAGUUGUUUGGUUUCUUUCACUUUGUAGUUCUACUUUUGAAAACAUAAGUCAUGGG